GAUGUUUAACUCAGUGAACCUAGGAAACUUCUGCUCUCAGUCGCGUAAAGAGCGGAGCGCUGACUUUGGAGACAGAGCAGGUUGCGCUUCUAAUCUCUACCUCCCCAGCUGCACCUAUUACGUCCCAGAAUUUUCAACUGUGUCAUCUUUCCUGCCACAGGCCCCCUCUCGCCAAAUCUCUUACCCUUAUUCCACUAACCUCUCGCAAGUGCAGCCAGUUCGAGAGGUCUCCUACGGGCUAGACCCCUCUAGUAAAUGGCACCAUAGAAGCAAUUACGCAUCGUGUUAUUCCGCAGAAGAUCUGAUGCACAGGGAAUGUAUCCCGCCUUCCACCAUGACCGAAAUGCUAAUGAAAAACGAGAGCGUGUACAGCCACCACCACCCCAGCUCCAACCAUCCUCCAUCUACGGGAUUCUACUCCAGCAUGAACAAAAACACUGUCCUGCCCCAAGGCUUUGACCGCUUCUUCGAAAAUGCCUACUGCGGGUCGGAGAACCCGCCCGAGAACUGCCUCCAGAAGGGCGAGAGCAAGCUGGAGUCCGAGUCCCAGCCCAAUGCACUGUCAACCCGAGGAGAGCAGGGCAUGGACCCGGAAGAUGAAGAGGAGAACACAAACCCAGGGUCUUCAGCCUCGUCCUCUUCUGUCAACAAGGAAGGAAGCAAAAACAGCAACUCGAGUGCUCCCCGUACAAGAAAGAAGAGGUGUCCUUAUUCGAAAUUCCAGAUAAGAGAGCUAGAAAGAGAAUUUUUCUUCAAUGUCUAUAUAAACAAAGAAAAGAGGCUCCAGUUGUCUAGGAUGCUAAAUCUUACUGAUCGACAGGUUAAAAUUUGGUUUCAGAACAGAAGAAUGAAAGAGAAAAAAUUAAGCAGAGACCGGCUGCAGUAUUUUUCUGGAAACCCCUUGUUGUGAACUUGUUUUUAACUCCCCUCUGCUGGUGAAGUGUAUCUGUAUUAAGGAGGAACAUUGCAAGCAUGGGUUGUCUUUUGAGUCGACAAGCAAAGUUUGAGCCUUUUCGUUACUCAUAUUUGUAUGUAUGGGACAGUUUCAAGUAACAAAAGGAGAUCAAUAUGCUUUCAGUUCCCUACAGCGGUCAAGGACUUGGAAACCAUGAACAUUUUUAUUUAACGUUUUGUCCAAACGAUUGGGAUUCUGCUUUUAUUUUUUAUCGUGAUUCUUAUUUAGCCACCUCUCUCCAUGUGAUCAAACCACAGUGCUGUGUUACUCUGAUGAUGACUGAAAGAUGCAGUUAUGUCUUCUCUCAAGACCGGCCAGUCUCCCUAUCUGAUU